AUGUCAGAAGCCCUAGAGAAAGAGCUCCAACUGGAGGGCCUGAAAAAGCCCCAGACCCAGACCCAGACCAAGACUAGAAUCGUGGUUGCCGAACAUAUCGAGGACUGCAGUGACUCGGACUCCCUGAGCCUGGACGAGCUCAAGCCGGUGGAUGCGAAGCCGUAUCGCCUCAACGGGUACAAACUCCUGGCCAUCUCGGGAAUCAUCGUGGGAUAUCUGGCAGACUCUUUCAACACUCAACUCACCGGGUCUACCUACACCGACCUUGAUAAAAAGCUAGGUUCGGCCAGCCGGCCCGAUGCAUACGCCGUCUGGAUCGCGUGUAUGCUUGAACUGGUGGGGACUGCCUUUGCACCGUUCGUCGGCUAUGUCAGCGACAUCUUCGGUCGACGUCAGUUCCUCUUGCUGGGGCCAGUCUUCGGCACCUUUGGAAACCUCGCGUCAACCUACGCGAACUCGAUUCCUCAAAUCUACGGCACCGAAAUCAUCACAGGAUUUGGAAUCUUGUUCAAACAAGUGUCGGUGGCCGCGGUGGCCGAAAUCUUCCCUCGCAACUGGCGACCUCUCGUGUUUGGUUGUUUCUGGGCAUCCCUGGCCCCUUCAGAAGGAUUCGCACCGGUAAUAGGUGCGACCAUCAUCGCCUACCGUUCUUGGCGGCUGAUGUACUGGAUUCCAGUGGCCUUGAACUUCCUCUCCUUCAUCCUCGUCUAUCUCUUUUACCAUCCUUUGGAUCAGCACGUCCGCGAGGUCGGCAAGACUGCCUGGCAACAACUGGCUUCUCUCGACUAUGUCUCGGGUGCCUUGGUAGGCUUCGGCACCGCACUGGCCCUCAUCGGUGUGUCACUUGCCGAAUACACCCUCGGAUGGCGUGAUUCAAGAGCCCUCGGGUGCGUAGUCGCCGGGGCCGUAUUGCUGGUCGGCGGCGUGGGACCGUGGGAAUAUUUCAUGCGCCACCGUCUUCAUUACCCAAUGUACCCAAGCACCGCAUUGAGCAACUUUCGGGGAUACACCCUGAACCUGAUCCCAACUGCCGCCGUCACCUUAAUAGCCUCCACAGGGGCGUUCAUGUGGCCUGUGCUGGUGCAGACGCUGUUUGAACGAGAUCCUGUCAAGGCGAGCUGGUUGGUCGCUGCACCAAUGAUCGCCGGAGUGUUUCUGGCUCCAGUCUUUGGCUGGAUAUUCCAGAGGUUUGCCUACCAGUCCAACUGGAUCAUAACAUGCCUGUCAGCUCUGCUGACCACGUUUACCGCCCUGCAGGCGGUGGUCACUCCUCAUUCAAAGGUAGCUUCAACGCUGCUCGCAUGUUUGGUCAAUGUGGCAUGGACAGGGCUGCUGGUGGGCUUUGCUGCCGUCUUCAUGCUUGUCCCUCACCGUUACCUGGGAACAUCAACCACAACCUACGCCCGGUUGCGGGUGUGCAUCCAUGCCGGCGGAGCGCUGAUAUUCCCUACCAUGCUGAAGAACACCAUUCCCCGGUACCUUGUUCGCCACGUUGCCAUGCCAUUGAUGGCGCUUGGGGUCAACCCGGUCCUCAUCCCAAAGGUAAUCGCGGCUCUGACUUCCUCUACCUCGGACAAAACCGUCCUGGGCGAACUGUCUUCGGAACAACUCUCGACCGCCGUGAAUGGAGCCAAAUGGGCUGCUGUUCACACAUACCGCAUCAUCUUCUUUUCGACUUUGGCCUGGGGAGGAGCCGGCACGGCGAUAGUUGCACUGACUAAAAGCUUCGGGCCGGAAAUGACACCAGCUGUGGAGAUCGAAUUGCUUGAAGGCCUCCAUAUCAACGUCGAGCAUGACACGGGCAAGGGACCGGUCAUCGGUCAAGAGCAAUGGCUGUGA